GAUUGUCAUUGUAUAAAAAACAUGUCGUUUUUAUCGGGGAACAGGAGGUCGAGCAGAGAUGAGGAAAUGCUGUUUGACGAUCCUUAUACCCGCCGGAUUUUCAUCAGUAAGGUUCUUAUGAUAGUGGCCAUUAAUUUGCUUUUCACAGUAUUGGUGAUGACAUUUUGUAUUUUCCAUUCGGGUGCGAGGCACUUCCUUAUAAGACACUGGUAUAUAGGGCUUAUCGGCACUGCCGUCAUAUUCAUCAUUUCCAUUAUAAUGUGCUUCUGUAUCGGCCUCUUUCGGAAGUCCCCCUAUAAAUACAUAUUGUUGGUAAUAUAUGUGAUAGCCCAUGCAGCAUUGGUGGCCUGUUGUGCGGUUCGAUAUUAUCCGAAAUUGGUUUUUAUAGCCGUGGCUGUUUGUGCGGGUAUCGUGAUAUUGCUAGGGCUGUUCGCCAGAUUUGCUCCUUGCGACUUCACCGGAUGCUGUAUUUUUCUUUUUGUGCUCAGUAUAGUGGUAUUGAUAAUGGGUAUAUUGUCCUUAUUUUUUCCUAUCCUUCGGAUAGUUUAUGUCGCUCUCGGCGUACUUCUGUUUUCCGUUUACAUAGUGGUUGACCUUCAAAUGUUGAUUGGCGGAAAGACACACAAGAAUCAGUUCGACGAGUCGGAUUUCAUUUUAGCUGCCAUGUUCCUUUACAGCGACAUUAUAUUCCUGUUCAUAUUCCUGCUGGAGUUGAUUGGUUUAAUAGAUUCAUAAAAUAAAAACAAAGAACUAGAUGAACCAUUAAAGAAGCAUUUUUGAUACUCAGUCUCCGAGAGAUUGUCGUCACACUGUGUCCACAAACAUAUUUUUUGACAAGCAAAUUUAUACAAUUGGAGCAACUUUAUAGAAGGAGAAAUGUGUUGUUUUUUUAAUAUAGCAUGUCUGACUCGCCCUCGCCCGGAAAAUCCCUUUGCUAAUCCUCGGGUUAAGCGUAGGUUUAUCUGGAGGGUAUUGCUCUAUUUGGACGUAUCCCUGAUAACGAGUCUCAUUCCCAUGAUUCUGUUUUGGAGCUAUCCACCAGCGCACUUGUAUCUCUUUGGAUUAUCGAUUUUCUUGGCCAUUCCCGCCCUGAUUGCUUUCAUAGUAGUUCAAUGCAUGUUGUGCUUUGCGAUUAAAAUUUUUCGGCACAAGGCCAUCAAGAUUACCUUCUUCAUAGUAUGGAUUGUUGUUCAUUCCACCUUGCUUUCCGUGUCGGCCAUGUGGUAUCAUCCGUUGACGGUGCUCGCACCUUGCGGAACUCUGGCCUUUGUCAUUCUGGCCAUGAUUGUGUAUUCAAAAUUCGUUCCUUGCCAAAUCGGUCAUAAGAUUCCUUUAGCUUACCUCUUUGCCAUCGGAUUAAUUUCCAUUAUUCACGCCAUCUUUUAUUUAUGUUUUAGGGAAUAUGCAGUUUACGUUCUGAUUAACUUUUUACUGGUGCUCUUAAUGAGUCUUAUAAUCCUGGUGGAUAUUGAACUAAUAAUUCGGGAUAAAACAAGGCACAAGUUUGGAAAGCGUGAAUACAUUGUGGCUUCCAUGAUCGUUUACCGAGACGUUAUAUGGAUAGCUAUCAUAAUUAUAAUCAUAUUGACGGCCUCGCGUCGUUGCGAUUGCACUGGUGGUGAUACAGAUAAUAAUAGUACUGCAGAAAGUGAGAGCAAAAGUAGUGUUAGUCCUGCUAGUGGCAGCACCUCCUCUUAAAUUUAUCUUGUAAAUUAAAAUUUUUAUAAUCUGG